AAAGCAUGAUAUUGAAAGGAGAAUAAUCAAAAGUCAGUUAGAUUUUGCCUUUAUUUUGUCGACUCAAUUUUCUCUCCCAAUGAUCAUCUCCUUCUUUACUCUCCUUUCUUUCCAUCUGAUAUCAUUUUCUUUCUGACAUCUCAGCAUGGUUAAACCAUUUCAACAUAUCAACAACACUAAUCAAACCUAAAAUCCUUUUUUGCUAAUAACACCCUUUUUAACCUGUCUUAAUCAUCACCCUUUUACCAGUUAUUUAUUUUCACAAACCUUUUUAAAUUUUAUACUUUCACCUUCUGCUUUUACCUUAUGAUAUUUCUUCUGGUUAAAACCUUCUGGACCCUAUCUUUUUACGUACAGUAACGAUUUGUAACAAUUUAACAGCAACAACACUUUGUGAUUUCUGGUUUUUUGGUCAAUCAAACAACAUAUCUUUACAAUUUACCAUCUAAUCCAGUCUUUUAAUUAUACUAAAUUGUUAUACCAACAUCUAAAAUAUUCCCUGGUUAACUUAAAUGUUUUAAAUAAUUAUGUUUAACUCAAACCUGCAACAAAAAGAACGGUUGUUUACCAGGUAUUACCAGUACAUCAUGUUUCCACUUUGAAUCACCAUUACACAAUUCGCUGUUGGUUAACCUUAAUUAUGAUCAAUGCAACAAAUUAUGAUGGAUUUCAUGCAAUUAAUGGUUAUAAUCAAAAUCCACCAACCUUCAAUUAUAUGAUUUUAAUUGUCUAACAGCAAUUUGGACCUGAUAAAAAUACAAAAUACAUAUCAAAAUAAUAACUAUCUUCAUAUCAAUAUAAUAUCAAGCCUAAACAGCAUAAUCACUAAGAAAGUCAAACUCUGGAUCCGAGACAUUCAAUAAUCAUAAUAUACAUAUCAUAUCAGAUUAAGUUCUUGGACCAAUUAUUUAGAUGGAUUUUCCAUUCUCCAAAGGUCGCACAAUUUUCCAAUCAAAUCAUCGUUCACAUCAACAUCGCCAUCAACAUCAUUCCCAAUCUGUUCACUCAUCUUCACCAUCUCGCCAACCUCUCCUUCUGUCUGCCUCACCAGUAGCAAGUCGAUCUUCACCUCGAGCCUCUCCACCACCAAAUUCAUCAUUUGGACCCAUCAAAACCAGUGGAGUCAUUUUAAGUGGUCCUGGUCCUGGUGGGGGCAACGGGAUAAUUGGAAAUGGCUCAAACGGUGUUAACGGAAUGACAUUGAAUGGCAACUCACCGGUUCGAAAUGAAUCUGGGUUGAGUGGUGGAAAUGGCAAUGGAUUAAAUUUAAUCAAUUUGAAUGAUGGUUCUUCUCUGUUUAUCAAUCAGGCGUUUCGUUAUGUUCGUAAAGUUAGCAUUUUCAAAGAACCAGAUGAUCCACCCGAUGCUGGUUUAACUCUUUGCGGUGGAGCUGAAGUUGGCCUUUUUGGAGCCAUUUAUGUUUCACGAGUUGCCGAAGACUCUUUGGCUGAAAAAGCUGGCCUUACUCCUGGUGAUCAGAUACUCUCUGCUAAUUACAUAUCUUUCCUUGAUUCCUACAUGACGUGUCAACAAGCUCUUCACAUUAUCUGUUCCAAUGAUGUUAUAACCCUCAACAUUUUCCCUCGAGCUGAAGCUCUUUCCUUCCAACGACGCCAUGCAACCUACCAUUGGGUUGACCCAGAAGGUCGACCUGUUUCACCGCCACCGCCUGAUCGUGAUUUACUCAUCUCUGGUGAUUCCGAAUUCGAUCCUCUUCUCAAUGAUCCAAGCUCAACUUCCCCCUCAAAAAUGAACAAUUCACCAAGAAGACGUUUAUCAAUCAGACCCAGUGAACAGCCAAUCAGAACGGUUCAAAUUGUGAUAGAGAAAGGAAUCAAUCCAGGAUUAAUGAUACGAGGAGGACUUGAAUACGGACUUGGUAUCUAUGUUACUGGGAUCGAGAGUAUGUCAGCUGCUGAAAGAGGCGGGUUAAAGAUUGGUGAUCAAAUAUUGUUUGUAAAUAAUCAUGACUUUCAACAUGUCCUGCAUGAUGAGGCUGUGGAUAUAUUACGCUCAUCACCCCGGUUAACAAUGAAGGUUCGCUAUGUUGGUAAAAUACCGGCCUCUAACGUUUCGCUUAUCCUUUCCUCGUCCUCCUCAUCAUCCGCUGCUGCUCAGUUGACUUCAUCUGAUGGAUCAUCUGGCUCGUCAACAUCACAAACAGAGUUUCCCUUUAAUCGUAUUCCGUCCUCAAGAUGUUCAUUGCCCGAGACUUCUCACCAUCACAGGCUCAAUCGAAGUCCUUGUGGCUCACAACGAACAAGUUCACCGGGUACAGGAUCUCCAGUCUAUCGUCCGAUUAGCGAACAAGGAACCAACCAUGUAACGCCAACCUUAUUGGUAACCGAAAGUGCCGAGGAAGAAAUUCUUGAAGAAAAAUUGAAUCAAUUAUUGCCUGAAAAAGAUCGUAUUACUUUUGCUUAUUAUCGUAAUGAAUAUGAAACCAAAGGAAUGACCGUAGAUGCCUUUAUUGCACUUUUCUUGGAGCUUUUAGAUACAAGAGAAAAGUAUUCUUUGUUAAACCAUUUUCGUAUAAUUAUUCGUGAAGAGGAUUUGGAUAAAUUUGACGAGUUAAUCUUUAAAAGAGAGGAACAAGCAAUGAUCAAAAGUAAAGCAAAUCCAAUUGAAUCUGCUCAUAUGAUUGCUGGGGAUGAUGAAGAAUCGAGUGAAAAUUCAAUUUCAUUUGCUCAAGAAUCUUCACCUUCAAUGGCUAAUGAACACCACCACCAUUCCCAUUACUAUCAUGGUGAUCAUCACUCUUACCAUCAUCAUUCACCGAAUGAUUCAACGCACACUAAAUCAAGCAAACUUAACUCAAUACCAAUUGAAAGAAAUUCAUCUCGAAACGGAAAUGUUUCCGUGCGAUUUCGAUCGGAAAUGGACUCUUUAUCUCCCAUAUCGUUUACCAAAGAUCAACCAAUUCCUCGUCGACAUAGUUCUGGUAAUCCGGAAAUAAAGUCAACCUCUAACUGCAAUGAUUUCCUUGGAGUUCCGGUAAAUUCGGAUGAAAGACGUUGGUCAAUAGCUGCUGCUCAUGAUUUACCAAACAAAUACAAUAAAGAAUCGGUUUAUGAAUAUCAUGAUAAUAAUUUGCGGAAACAUUCGUUGAGUGGAGUUGAAAUGAAAACAUUAAAUUCAAGUGAUAAUCGGAAUAAUCAUUUAGCACUUCAUGGUUCAACUAAUUUAUACCGAAGUGAUGAGAAAUCACACCAUAAUGAAAAGGAAAUUAUCAAUGAUGAAGAUCUUCAUCGUCGUCAUCAUCAUCCAUCUUCAGUUUUCCAGUCUCGGGUUAGAAGACACAGUUCACUUCCAGGUCCAGGUUCAUUCAAUACAUUUGGACAUUCAGCAGCACAAUCACCCUUUAACUAUCAACCUCACCGUAGUUCAUCAUUCAGAAUACCUUAUCACAGAUCAGUCCGUGAACCUGACGGCCGAUUAAGAGUGAUUGUUAAAAAGUCGAAACCAAUAUUGGGAUUGGCAAUCGAAGGUGGCUGUGAUGUACCCAGUCAACUUCAACCUCGAAUAAUUAGUAUCCAUAGUUCAGGAGCUGCCUUUGAUACCGGUGAUCUUCAUGUUGGUCACAUAAUUUUGGAGGUUGACGGACAAUCUACAGCCAAUCUAAGUCAUGAACAAAUUGCCCAAAUGAUAGCAACGGCUUAUUAUAACAGUCCACAGGAUCACAUUGAAUUUGUUGUUCGGGAGAAAUCAAAAAAUGAAUUUGAUAUUCGUCGAUCAUCAUUCAUGUUAUUAAAUAAUAGCUUUGAAUAAUUGGACCAGAAAAAUUUGGUAAAUCAAGCAAAAUAAAAGAAGCCUCAGAAAGCAAAAGAUGGAUCAAAACUCAAACCUGAUUCCAUAUGCUUUUUUGGAACACUUUCAUUGAAAUUUGGAGCUUUAAUUAACAAAUGUCUUUAAACAAUUGAAUCUCAAAAGCAAAAUUUAUCAUCAAAUUGGUUGAUUAACUAAUUUCUGCGUACAAACUCUACUCUCCUUGCCAAAUCUGCUUACAUUUUCAUCUUCCUUACAUCAAAGACAAAGCAUAAUCUUGUCCUCCAUCAUUACUAGUCACUGACCAAUACUAAAGCUAAACUGGAUGAAAGACGCUCAUUAAUUGUAAUUUAUACUGAAUGAUAACACGCACAAGAUAAUUAAUUAAUUUACUGGUUUCGUAUGAUCAAUGGCCAACCUUUCAUUGUCAUAUAACUGAUUCAUUGCAUAUCUUUUUUUGUCAUUCAAUCAACGUGCCCAUUGUGUUCACAAUUUUCAAUUGUCAAAUUCAGUCUUUUCUUUGAUUCCUAUUGAUCUGUCCCCCCUUUUUUUAUGAAUUGCAAUUUUCGACAAAAUUAACAGUCAUUUGAAACAUUUUCAUAUUGAUAUCAUCGAACAUCAUCAUUGUAAUCAACAUUGAAUUUUGCCAAAAGCAAGAAUCUAAGAGCGCCUUUGAAAUUGCUUAAAGCAUCGUCUUAUUUUUCAUGCUCUUCUUCAUUGUAAUUUUAUCAUUUACCUGUUUCUUAUUGUAUUAUACAUAGAUUAAUGUUGUAACUGUUUUAAAUUUGUAAUUUUGUGUAUCAAUGUAACUUUUUUGACUUGAAACUGAUAUAUCCAAGCCAAAACCAAACAACGCAACUGUCAAUGUGUAAUUAGACGUUUUUAGUGUAAAUUGCCUUCUUUUUUGUAUCUUGAAAAACAAACGCUUGAACCAGUUUUUCAAUUUCUCUUUGUUGAUUGUUAAUUUCAUUUGUGAUAAAUCAUUGUUAAAUACAGAGGAGAAAUUAAAUUGUCAAAUGAAAA